UGGGAUACUAUGCAGCUGUAAAAAAGAAUGAGAUCAUGUCUUUUGCAGGAAAAUGGAUGGAACUGGAGGCCAUUUUCCUUAGUGAACAACUACAGAAACAGAAAACCAAAUAUCACACGUUCUCACCUACAAGUGGCAGCUACAUAAUGAGAACUCAUGAACACAAAAAGGGGAACAACAGACCCUGGGGCAUUCCUUCUUUUCUAGAUAAGUUUUUCUUUUGGGAUUUGAGCCUCUUUGAUUUGAAAUUUAGCAUAGGCCCAGAAGAAGACUCUGUCCGCUGAGUUUAAUUUUUCCUAAUCUCCUGGGGAGGCAGCAUUGGCUACUAGUUAAGAGUGCAGCCCCUGGGGCCAGUGCUGUGGAGCGAAUGUGUCUCCCAAAAUGUAUGUGUUGGAAACUUAAUCCCCAGCACCACAGUGGUGGGUAGUGAGGCCUUUGGGGAGGUGUUUAGAUCCUAAGGGCUCCGCCCUCAUAAAUGGAUUAAUGCCACUAUAAAAAGGGCUUGUGGGAAUGGAUUUUCUCUCUCUUGCCCUUCUGCCUUCCACCAUGUGAGGACACAGUAAGAAGUUCCACACCAGAUGCUGGCGUCUUGAUCUUGGACUCCCCAGGCUUCCAAACUGUGAGAAAUAAAUUCCUGUUCUUUAUUUAUUACUCAGUCUCUGAUAUUCUGUCAUAGCAGCACAAAACAGACUAAGAAAGGCAGUCUGCCAGUGCUCCAGUUCUGGCUUGACUGUUUACUCACUAGGCAAGGGACCUACUCUGUAAGCCUCAUUUUUCCCAUCUAUAAAAUGGGAAUAAUAAUAGCAUCUACCUCUAAGGGUGGCUGUAGAUUGAAUUAGUACUUAUAAGGUACUCAGAUUGGUGUCUGAAACACAGUAAGAGCUCAGUUAAAAUUGGCUAUUGCCAGCCUGUUAAUAGCUUGUAAGAUUGAAAUUAUUAAUUAUUAACUAUUAACAUGCAUGAGUGCCAGGUAAAAUGCAAGUUGAACAAAACUAAAGCCAGGCACUUUUGUGGUUGGCCACAAUAGGCAAGAUGCUGAUGACUGUGGUCACCAACUGCGCAGAACAAACCCCUGCCAAUGCCAGGAAGACCUUACAGAGAAGAGCCUAAGCCAAAAGAGGUGCCCACAUUCUGCCUGGACGUUGGCAAAGGGAUGACUCAUUAACAAAGACAAGCAAAGACCGCAGGGAGGGGCUUCAUCAAUCUGGCUGUCCUUUCCAGCCCUUGUUCUUUUCUCAUAUGCUGUCCUGCCUUGAGAGCAAGAUUUCCUUCCUUUCCCUCUCUGACCUCGGAGGCACCCCACUCUAAGUGGUCUAUUUCAUCUCUCUGUGCCCUCACCCUGCAGGGUUCCUUGAGGAGCUGUGUCAGGCUGAACUCUGGUGUUUGCAAAGCUAACGGUCACUUGGAGCAGCCAGGGCUUCUCUGGGGCAGGCCCGAAGGAAAGCUCAGGAGGGGGCCCCUGCUUUAACCUUGGCUCUCAGUCUGUUGGAGAAGACUCAGGAUUUCCUGAACCUGAAGCCAGAAUUGCCAUCAGGUGCUCUAUUAGUUCUAUUUGUGCUCUAUUAGUCUAUUAGUGACCACCUUACUCCAUUACCCUGGGAUAAUCCAGGCUUGUUUUUGCUCUACCCUAGGUCUGUGAGGUGAACAGCUGUCCAGCAAUCCUACUGCCAGUAUUCAAUGAGAAUACACAUGCUCACUUUAUUCCUAUCUAUGUCAACCGUAGCAAGCUUUGCAGUCUUAACCAUUGGGUCUAACCUUCUUGGCCUUUUCCUUUGACCUCAACUCUGCUUAGUCUUGAACUUGCCCUUCAUUCCUGACCUUUGAUUAUAUUCUCUCAGAGUUAACCCUAAUUCUGGCCUCCAGGCCUCCCUAACUAUUACUCACAACCAACCCUUGGACAAAGCCUGAUCCCAGCUCUCCCAAGGAAUCAUCCUGUUUGGUCCAGACCUGAUCCGUGGAUCCUGCCCCAUCACAGGCUCUUGAGGCUGGUUGGGGAGGGAACGGAGCUGGUUCUUGGGGCCUGGUUAUAUGCUUGAGGCUGAUACUGUCAUAUAUAAUGAACCUAAGCCCACAUGGCACUGUCCACCCCAGCCAUGGCUGAAUCAGAGGUGAGGCCAAGAGUUUGUGAGUGGAGCACCAGAUGAGUCUGCUAGAAACUUUCAGACCCCUGGAGGUGGGGAGUUAAACUUGAGCUUCUUAUAUAAACCCAGAAGGCACUGAAGACUGUCCAUCCAUUAAACCAGAAGUGAAAAAACCAAAAGCCAAAACCCCAAACCCUCUGUUAUCCGGUCUGGGAAAGCAGAAGCUGCACUUUGCCCAGGUCAGUGGAAAGAAGAAGAGUUGCCUGUGAGCAGUUCGAGGCUGAGCCCGUACUGUGUGAGUGUGUGAAGUCAUGCAGGAACUCCAGGCAAGGAAUGGAACGUAAACACUGCCCUGAAGCCCACAGGAUCCCAGCAAAAGCUGAUGGGAAGCUAAAAGAUGCCUGCAUAUCCCAGGGUGCUGAAACACCCAUGGAGAAUCACCCUGCUGAAGACCAGCUAAUGGGAAAGAUUCCAAGCCAUGAGAGAAAACGAAUUCGUGAGAGGGAGCAGCCACAGACACACAAACGGGAUUGCACCCCCAAGAAGGAGAGAUGAUAAAACAAUCUGAAAGAAACCUUAACAUAGGUGCACAGAAGAAAGUGCAGGUGUCAUGAGAGCCAAAAGGAGGAGCACCUAACUGAUCACUGAGAGAGUGACACCUGGUCUUAGGCUUAGAGGGGGAGUAGAAGAGAGCCGUGAAGUCAGGGAAGGCUUCCAAGGCAAAAGGACCAGCAAAAGAUGGAGUCUUGCUCUGUCACCAGGCUGGAGUGCAGUGGCACCAUCUCAGCUCACUGCAAGCUCCGCCUCCCGGGUUCAUGCCAUUCUCCUGCCUCAGCCUCCCGGGUAGCUGGGACUAUAGGGGAGAAAGGGAUGAGGAUGUUGGAUAAGCAGCUCAGCAUGUUCGCCAACAUGUAAGGGAGUCAUGUCGAGUUCUGCACUCUCCUUCUUGGUACGCAUCCUCAGAAUGCAUCCUUUGCAGAAGCGGGAAGUGCUUGUUGUGCUUGCUGUGAGUCUUUGUGGAUAGAGGCAGGAUCAUGCUGGCUAGAAUCUAAUGGACAAGGGUAGCACAUUCCUCCUGUUCCCAGGUGGGUCCAGAGAUGUCUCCUGGGAGCCGGGGCCUGGAGUUCUAUUCUACUGUGACUGAGCUUGUACCCAGGCUACAAGAUGAUAUCCCACUCUUCCCUCCCCUUUCUACAAGUAGAGGAGUCUCUUCUCAUAGCCACCAUUGUCCCAGGAUGUGAGGUCUAGAAAAGCUGCAGCCAUUUUGCCACCAUGGGAAACCUGGGACAUCUGAACUGACUCCAUGAAGCCCAAAGAGAAAGCUAAUAAGAAGGCAGAGAGAAGAGGAAAAGAGUCUUGGUCUUUGAAAAUAUCUUUUGGAGCUGCUGGAUCAAGUCUCACUUGAAGUAUUAUUUAAUUUAUUCCCCAAAGGAGAGCGGCUAAGAGUAUUGCCCAGCCACAGGCUCUCAACCACCACCCCGAGCCUCAGAUUCUCCUCACACAGCCACAGCUGUACCUCAUGGCCCACAUGGUAUAGUUUUAAUUCCUCUGACAUCUAAUUCUCACUUUUGGGCAAUGUUUGUCUCAUCAAGCUUUACACACAAAUAUUUUCAGCAAAGUGCUCCAAAUGCCUUUUUCAGAAAUCUGAAUCCACAUGAAAACAAUGGGAACAAGAAAAAGGUGUAAACUUUCCAGAACAGGCCCAGAAUUUGAAAAUGUGAUAAAGAGGUUAUUGUGCGCCCGAACUUUUCACACAAGAAUUGGAGGAGAUUUAACACAUGGAAUAAUAAACAGAGGAAGGCUGACUAAUGCAGAGCAGAUGGGCCUGCAGGGCAGUGCUCAGCAUUUCAACAUCUUCCCCCUGGACCUUUGGACUCAAGGUAAGAAAACUGGAGUUCAGAAAAGGGAGGGGACUGACUCAAUCCCAGCUGCUGGCAGAUCGAGGACUGCAAACCAGCCUUCCAUUGCUCCACGCAGGUGUCUCUUCUCACGUGGAAUCACAGCAUUGGAUGGACUGAAAAGAGGAAGAGGCUGCAAUGGAGCAGCACACCUGGUGUGCGGGGAUGCCUGGAAAACAGAAUUAGGAGAGCCCUGGGUCAGCAUUGCUCUGGCACUGGCUGGGCUGGGGGCUAUCCUGAUUCUAGAAUUGUCUUGGUUCGUGGGAUAGAAAUGUCCCCAAA